GAUUGGUUUUCUUAUAAGCCUUCUCCCCCAGCUAUGCAGACAGUUCACCUCCCCGCUGUGCCCCCUGAUCUUUCAAAAAUAAAUACAGACGGGUUGCUAGAAUCAGAGAUAUCUGCAGCUCCUACUGCACCACCUCCCCUGGCCGAUGCACCCAGCGGUCAGACUGACCCUUGGCCCACGCCUCCUCCUCCUGCUCACUCGACCAAAGAGCCUGUCCCUGGGGCAUUCAGUGACCUGGUGGAGGCCGUGGUAAAAGAGCGGAGAGAAACUUGGGCUGCAUUUGCUAAGCACUGUAUGGAGCAGGGUGAUUCUCACGGGCUGCAGGCUGUAGAUUUGUAUGCUUUUCCCGUUACUUAUAACCAGGAUGGGCAGGGAGGAAUGAACGCUGCUAUUACUGCAUUAGAUUGGAAAUUCUUGGCACGGUUGCGAAGUACAGUCAGUGAGUUUGGAUUACAUGCUGAACCAACUAAACAAAUGUUAGAUUAUUUUUGGAGUACAUAUCUUUUACUGCCAUCUGAUCUCCGAUCUAUAACUCGUAUGAUAUUGACUGAACAUCAACAAUUGCUAUUUAAUGCACAUUGGCAAGCAUUAGUUAAUGAAAGUGUAGCAGAACAACGGCCACCCAGAGACCCUUUGCAUGGUGUCACUAUAGAUGAAUUAAUGGGUAUGGGGCCAUAUACAUGCCCUGAGGCACAAGUUCAUCUUGGCCCAGAUAAGAUUAGAGAGGCAAUGGAUCUCGUUAGAAGGGCUUUAGACAGAGUUAAAGAGCCAGGAGGAGUACCUUUGUAUAUGAGCUUAAAACAAGGAAGGGAUGAAUCAUUUGGAGAAUAUGUUGACAAGUUAACAGCUGCUAUCACUCGAGCAGGAGUACCAGAUUAUAUGAAAGGAACUAUGUUAAAGCAAUGUGUGUUGCAAAAUGCUACUUCAACAAUUAAGCAAAUAAUAAGUACGAUGGGUCCUUAUUGGACUAUUGAGGAGUUAUUAGAAAAAGCAUUAGUUGUUCCUACAGGAGAAAAUGCAUUUUUAGUUAAUGCUAUUCAAGAUUUAGCUAAGGGACUUAAGGAGCAGGCUCAAAGUUCCCAAGCUCAGGUUUUAGCAGCUCUUGCACCCCUUCAAGCAAAGGCACAUAAUUUUGCAGAAGGAAAAGCCCGAUCAAAAUGUUACCAGAUGACUCCGACCAACAACUUUUCACCGAACAAUCCAUUCCACGGACAGGAAAACAACUGCAGUCUACCCCAGCCGACAGUUGCGGAUUACAACCAACCUCAACCAAUAGUCUCGGAUUACAACCUGCCACAGCCGGUAGCCUCGGAUUGGAUUUGGCAACAGCAGUAGAAGUCACCUUGCUAUCCACCCAACCUCAAAAGAUUCCCACCGGGAUUUAUGGACCUUUAAUAAUAAAUAAACAAGUGUUUGGUGCACUGCUGAUAGGAAGAUCAUCAGCUAGUCUUGCUGGAUUAUUUGUGUUGCCUGGACUUAUAGAUGCUGAUUAUACUGGGCAGAUAAUGGUCAUGGCAUACACCAUUUUUCCACCUUUAAAAAUUCCUAAAGGACAACGCAUUGCUCAAUUAAUACCCUUACCCAGUUUACAAAACCUUUGACCAAUGACCGACAAUUAAUGCAACGUGGAGAUCAUGGAUUUGGUUCUACAAAAGGACUUACCUUAUUGACAUUAGAUUUAAGCGAACGACCAAAACAUAAAGUUACAAUUAUAUGGAAAGAUCAAACAAAAACACUGGAUGCUUUACUAGACAUAGGAGCAGACUCUAGUAUCAUAGCACCUCAUUGUUGGCCGAAAUAUUGGCCUCUGCAACCUUCUACUACAACUGUGACUGGCAUUGGAGGUGCUUCAAUUGCUAUGCGAACUCCUAUUAUAAAUAUAGAAGUGGAAUGUCGUGUAGCUAAUGUUAUUCUGUCUGUUGUACAACUUCCACCAACAGUACAAUGCCUAAUAGGGAGAGAUGUUUUAACACAAA